UGCGGAUCAGAGUCUGAGGAAAUCGUACCAUUGGUGCGAACUGAAUAUCGGCGAAUUGCAUUCGCAAGGAAGAGAGCAUCAAACGGGACGAACCUCCUCCUCAAUGGAAAUUCAGGAGAAAAUCGUGCUCAUCACCGGGGGAGCCAACGGGAUCGGUUAUUGCACCGCUCGGGAGUUGCUGCGAAAUGGAGCAAAGGUCAUUGCAAUCGUAGAUUUGGCCGAUUCGAACGGUGAAAACGCCGUGGCGGAAUUGGAGAAUGAGUUUGGUGCGAAUCACGCCAUUUUCCUCGCUGGAAACGUGGCGAAUGUCAAAGAACUUACAGCUUGCUUCAACAAGGCGAUAGAAUCACUUGGCACGUUAGACAUUGUUAUCAACAGCGCCGGUAUUAUGAAUGAUACUGAGUGGGACUCGAUGGUUGAUGUUAAUUAUAAAGGAGUUGUAUGUGGUACGAUACUGGGUCUGAAUCAUAUGGGGAAACACAAAGGUGGGAAAGGUGGUACGAUCGUCAACAUGUCUUCUAUCGUCGGCUUAAGUGGCAAUCCGAUCGCGCCGAUUUACGCCGGUACGAAGUUCGCCAUCAUUGGAUUUAGCUCGUCGUUGCAGACUUUCUAUGAGAAGACAGGUAUACGUGUAUUGGUGAUAUGUCCUGGUCUCACAAACACUGCCAUGGCGUCAAAAUUUAUGUCCAGUAAAGUUUACGCCAUGGAUAUCCUGGACGAUGAAAUUGCUGCUAAGGAGAUGGCAGCGAUGGAGAGUCAGUCACCUGAAUAUGUAGCGACUGCUAUCGUGGAGCUGAUCGAAAAGGGAGAAAACGGCACGAUCUUCGUCUGCGAAAACAAUCAACCUUCAUACGCCGUGAGAUUGCCAUUUUACAGGGAUCUGAAAGAUAUGGUGUAAAGCUUGCAACACACGGCCAAUCACUUUUGGAACACGGACACCGGCGUCACAAAGAGAGAUUUCACUUUCAUGAUUUUUAAAUAUAAGCAUAUUCCAAUUAGAAUUAGACACCGAAAGUAAUUAUACCAAUUGCACGGUCAUUUUCAUCCUUUCUACAAAUAGCUUGCAAUCAUAAAUAAUUAUCGCUUACUUUUGUCUGAAGCUCCAUAAUUACCUAUUAUUAGGCAAUAUCUUACGAAGAAAGCCUUUUAUAACGAUUAACUAAAGAUUAAGAUAUACAUAUAAACUCGUAUUUUGAACUCGUAUUUCUUUUAUCGAUAAAUGUGACCUUGAAUGUGAUUUCUCAGCCAAUCAAAUGGUUCUUAAACCACUUUUAGUGGUACUUUUAUCGAUAAAAGACAAUUCAGAAUACGGGCUAUAAUUAAUAACCGAUAAUAAUGCACCUACACUAUUAUCUUACAAAAAUGAAUAAAUGAGAAUAGGUAGCAAUAAUAAUAAUAUUUCUUGAAACCAUGUACUACAUUUUUAACAGUACUUAGUUACUAAAUUGUCAAUAAAAUAACAAAAUAGUCAUGCAAAAUGCAGAAUUUCAUAGUUUACAGCUCUAAUAUGAGACAAAAAUGCUUGAAACGUAACUACUGCAUCUAUUAACAAGUUAUAAUAAUGUAAUUGAUUAUUUUUUCAAGAUAUUAC